GUGCAGCCCAGGUCCGAAUAUCUGGACAAGCGCCUGCACACUGGGCAGAAGAAUUGGGGAGAAAGUCAGCAACAGCCAGAUUUCCCCAAAACCGCCAAACGAACGUUGUUGGAAAUCGCCAAUGCAAAGCCCUCCAACCCAUCGCCAGCCUGCCGUCUCUUCAGAAUGGUUGAUUGCCUACAUCAAUGUUUGGUACUAAAGGUUCCGCCCUAAGAGGUGUGUCGACAACAACGAGGUUCUGCCAGCUCCCCGCUUGGUCGUCCGUGUGCUCCUCUUCAAUACCGGAUGGACAUGGUACUUUCCGAAGACGAUCAACCGCUGCCGCUGCCGCUGCCGGCGCCGAAGCCGAAAAUGUCCUCCCCACCGGCUCUACGGCUCCGGCCAGACCCGCUCCGUCUCUCGACGCCUCCACCACCACCUCGGCCGAUCCGUUUGCUGUACUAGAGAGAGCUGCGGCACAAGGGGAAUCGAGCCGCCGCGAGAGAGUACCUCAUGCUUGCGCUCCGGCCAAACCCGCUCCGUCUGUCGCCGCCUCCACCACCUCGGCCGAUCCGUUUGCGGUGCUGUGGCAUGCGACACGUGGGGGAUUGAGCCGCCGUGAGAGACGACUAAAAGAUGGGCCUCCGGUUCCUGGGAUACAAACGCCCUUUGAGAAAAAGUUCACGCCGUUUUCGCCUACAAAGGCGCUUGCCAUGUUCAUCAGGCGCAAAGCUCGCAAAUAUCCACCUCACAAGUGGUAUGUUCUCCGUGCUCUUGCCAACAAUAAGUCUCCUCGAUUGCCCGGUUGUCUGGCACAGUUCAUGUUCAAGCAACGUGUAGCGCACUGGCGCAAGUCUCGAAUCUCCUUCUACCACCUUAGGGGACUUCCAAGCUAUCUGGAAACAGAGCAAGCAUGGGCAAGGCGCAUAAAGCGUCUUGAAAGGAAGGGAUACGGCACCAGCGAUCUUGAAGAGUGGUCGUGGAUUUUACAAGGAAAGACUGGAGACGAAAUCGUUCAGCGGUUCGUCUCUCGUGACACCUUCAAGCCAUAUUUUCUCAUGAACAUGGUCCUUGGGCGCGACAAAAGGAUAUUCCAAGCGCAGAGCCUCGCCGUCAUCUUCGACUAUAUCUCCCGACACUACCUGGAACCGAGACAAAAACCUGAACAGAAACGUGUUGGUCCAGAAUUCAGAUCUGACGUCUUCAAGAUCAUGAUGUAUCGACUCAUGUGGCAUUGCGCGGCCGUAUGGCCUGCUGCUCUGAUCUCGGUUGCCCAUCUCGUCGCGGCAUAUCUCGAGACCUGCCGCGCUGAUGCCGGAGGUGAUGACGAAGUAAAAUGGCAGAGAAUAAGAUGUCGGAUCCUUAACAGCGCUCUUUGUGCGCUUGACAGGAGGACGCCCAUCGCUCCUUACAAGCACGUCCGUUACAACUGGGAAGCCCAGAAGGUCCUUCUGGCCGCGUCUGUCAAAAUGAGACCUCACUUGCUGAUUACCCAGAACGGCUACCGCUCAAUAAGAAGGGUGUUGCUGGGGAUGAAGAAGACACCAGCAGAGGAAAAGGCCAUGAUUCGGUCUGCAAAGACGUGGCCACCAUACCGUUUAUCGUGGGAUGGAGUGGACGAGCAACGCGAUCGUGAAGAAGAUCUGAGCAGGAGCGCUAAAGCAGGAACCAUGAUGGUCGAAAACGGAUACCCCUCUCAGCCCAUUGAUGAGGCAUUGACCAAUCUGGGUGGUUCACUGCCCGGCCGACAGCGCACGAUAAUGACCAGAACUGACGGACCACCCAAAUGGAGUAGUCCCAACAUGUUUGUCUACGCCACGUGGGUUACAGCCAUCGAGGCCACGCGCAACGUUAGGGAGGCCUGGACGGAGUUUCAGAGACCUCCUCGACCCAACCUCCAGCCUACUGCCGAUGUGUAUGCUGCCAUGUUGGAAAAGUUGUUUGCAGAGGAAGUGCCCCCAGAUAGUCCGCUGCUACCGGGUGACUCGCGGCAUUAUGUCUUUCCAGUUCAUGACGGUAACCUUAGCGCCUAUGAGAUCGCGAGACUUACUCCUCCGGCUCCUGGUGACUUGUAUCGACAAAUGUGGGAACGCAACAUCCGACCAAACGACCGCCUCCUCGAGCUUCUACUUAAAAACACCAACUCAAUAGAGGCCGGGUUGCAAUACAUCCUGGACGGCGGAUACAACGUAAUUGCGAGACAAGCUUUGGUUGGGUGGUCCCAGGAUGUUGAGCAGAUAAAUACCCUCCCCGUUCGCGUCUUCGAUGCGUGGAUUAAGCUGUUGUGCAAAACGCACUCCAAUUACCCGGACCCGGACCCUCAUUCGUUCUCCCAUAACCAUAUCCCACUGGCUAUCAAAAUCACCAAGCUGUACCAACAGGGGAACGCAAGGGCUGCUCACAAGGACAAGCGGCCAUGGUACACUAUUCUCAGAGCUCUGGCCACCAACAAAUACAUUGUGAGAGAGGGUGAAGGAACAACACACCCACACUUGCAUACGCUCAAGGUGUUCAUGAAAGCAUAUCGGCUGACGGUAUUCGCGAAAGGCCUGGAUACCACCAUCUUCGACCUACUUAGUCUCAUGGUACGAAAGUCGACGGUUGCACUGGCAUUUGAAACGAGGAAAGCGAUGGCUACAGCAACACCAACCGAGCAGUACGGAGAUUUGAGAAUGGUGCCAGUAAUUCGCCUGGCUGCUGAAAAGCUCCAUGCCACUUUCAAAGAGAUGGUAAGGCCCAUUUCGGUCCCAUCAAAUGGCGACGCAUCAGCACGUUUCGAGCUCCCCACGUUACAGUACACGCUGACGGCGCCUCAUAUUUUCCGGUAUAUGCAAGCUCUAGGAUGUCUGGGCAACGCGCAAUUGAUGUUGAGCUUGGUAAACUGGGUGCUCGACUCUUGGUCAGACCCUCGCAUUCUGGAGAACGCAAGGGAGCCGGGCGAAACCGAGUAUAAGGUCCUGAUACAGACGUUUGCAUACUUUAUCGAGAUGUGGCCUCAUCUGCCAGUCAAUGAUGCGCUAGAAACCAUGCUGGUCAGGACGAGGCAAAAGCUCGAAGCACUCAGGCAAACACAAGGCUGCACUUGGCACCUCCCAGCCAAGAGAACGGACGGAGACCUGAAGGGUACGGAUGCCGUCGUUGCUGCGCGUUGGCUCAACACGCAGCGAUAUACCGAUACUUGGCUCAACAAACCAUCUCGAAUUGUUAGGAGAGUUAGGCAAGGAGCAGGAGCUCCUGGGGAUACACAGAACCCUAAGAAAAUCGGCAUGACUGGAUUUGAAGCCGAGAAGAUGGAUUCAACUGCGGAGGACAAGUGACGAUGGGAUUACUCCCGACUCUAAUUGAGUUAUACGGAUACACAGUACGCUGGGAUCAAGAUACUCUAGAUAGCAAGCGAGCGAGCAAGGAGCGCUUUGGAAUACCCGGUCUGUUAGGUGUCUAUUUUGGUAUUUAGAGAUUUUGGGUCGAAUACUUUUAAUUCAUGCAGCACCUUGAAUAGGAACAGAUUGGUUAUGGUAAUGGACUGUGUUUGGAGCUGUUGAGCGUUGAUUAUGACAUGCCGGUCUGAGUUCCG